AUGGGCAGCAUUCUAGACGUGUACCCAGAGUAUCGCAAGACCGUCCGGCUAGAUGAGCUGCGUGCCACUGAAUACGGCUACCUCGACGAGCAAGACCAAGUGUACCUGGACUACACGGGCGCCGGGCUCGCAGCGCGCACGCAAUAUCGUGCUCAUGAGAAACGCUUGAGGCGCUCGCCGUUCGGCAACCCGCACUCGAUCAACCCCACGAGCAAGGCAUCCACCAAGUUGGUGGAGCUUGCCCGGGCCCGGGUGCUCAAACACCUCAAUGCACGCAUGAGAUUCGUCUUAACGUUUGACAACCACAACUCGGUCAAUGGAAUCCGGGAGUUUGCCCGUCGCCGCCAUGCGCGCACGGUCUACGUGCCUGCGCAGGCGCCGGAACUGCGAGUGAACACAGCGGCACUGGUGUCAGCACUGUCACGCCGACGGCGCUUGUUCCGGCCGGCGUCUUCUUGUCGAAAUGGCCUAUUCGCGUUCCCGGCGCAGAGCAACUUCAGCGGGGUCCGGCAUCCGCUGUCGUGGGUCAGCCUGGCCCAGGAGCGGGGCUAUGACGUACUGCUGGAUGCGGCCGCCUACUUGCCGACGGGGACGCUGGACCUCUCCACUGUCAAGCCCGAAUUUGUGAUAUUGAGCUGGUACAAGUUGUUUGGCUACCCAACUGGGCUCGGAUGCCUCAUCGCUAGGCGGGAUGCGUUGGAGCGCCUCGCCCGUCCAUGGUUCUCCGGCGGCACUAUUCAAGACGUCAAUGUGGGGAUCCAAAGGCACACGAUGGCACCAAAUGAGAGCGCGUUUGAGGAUGGCACACUCAAUUUUCUGUCGAUUCCAGAUGUGCAUUUCGGAUUAGACUGGCUGGCAGAUAUCGGGAUGCCGUUGAUUGAGACCCGGGUGCGCUGCCUGACCGGCUGGUUCCUCGAUCGCCUGAAACAUCUCGAACACAGUGACGGCAGGCCGAUGGUCAGGAUCUACGGCCCGACCAGCACCAAAAUGCGUGGUGGCACUGUCUGUUUCAACUUCCUCGAUGCGAAGGGCAAGGUGAUCGAUGAGCGACUGGUGGACAUCGACGCGGCGAUGAUGAGGAUUUCCUUGCGCACGGGUUGCUUUUGCAAUCCAGGAGGGGCCGAGGACGCCUUCGGCCUCGACGUGGCAGCUCUGCGCCCCUUACGACGACGCCGACCUAGCUCUAUGGACGAGUAUGUCCAGCUGGUCGGCCUCCCGUCAGCAGGCGCCAUUCGCGUCUCCUUCGGCCUCGCGUCCACCGCGGCGGAUGUGGACCGGUUCAUCGUCUUUGCCGAAAAGACAUAUCAAGACCGUGUGACAACCACGGAUGGCCUGCCCCCUCGUGGCCACUGUUAG